AUGGAUCUAGGAGAUACGAGUGUGCUCACCAACGAGCAGCUCAUGGAUGGUUAUGAUGACACCCCAUAUCAAGAUUUUUUCCCCGUCGCCUCGCGGUGGAACAAGGUCUACGGUCUCCGGCGGAAGUCCGACGAGCUGGCGGCAACGAAAAGGCUGCUGGCGGACGUGGGGCGGUACGACCUCGGACGAAUCGAAUGUUUCCGCGUCGACAACGGCACAGAGUGGACCCGCGGCGAUUUCCGGCGCUUCUGCGACGACAACGGCAUCGGCGUCGAGUUCACCCCGCCCGGCGUCCCGCAGUACAACGGCGUCGUCGAGAGCGCCAUCUGGCGCAUCAUGAAGGCCGGCAUGGCCGCCCGCCGCAGCGCUGGCCGUGUGUUCGACGUCGACUUCGCCUCCAUCCCCGGCCUCGACGAGCGCGGUGACCGUCUUUGGAUGGAAUCGGCGAAGUGGGCAGCUGAUGCUCUCAACCAGUCGGCGACCAAGGCCAACCCCGGGCGGCGCUCGCCGCACGAGAUGUUCACCGGCGAGCAGGGGCCGUUCCGCGUGCUGCCGUUCUUCCAGCCCGGCUUCAUGCGCGAGGACCGCCGCACCAAGCUCGACGACCAGGCCACGCUCUGUUACUACCUGAACGGCGGCGACAACCACCCGAGCGGCACCGUCAAGGUCCUCAAGGCGUCCACCGGCCGCGUCGUCUACACCAACAACGUGUCGUGGGUGACGUCGGCGCCAGCCGGCGAGGGGGGUUCCGCUGGUAUCACCGCUGCGCCGACACCCCCCCCGUUCACGCCGCCGGUCGUCUCGAUCAACUUUGGCCCAGCACCGACGCCUUCGACCGCCACACCGCCACCGCCAGCGCCCACGCCGUCGCCCGCUCCCGCUCCCGCUGCCUCUUCGACCCCUGCCGCAACGCCGCCGCCAGCGACCACGCCGCCGCCCGCUCCCACGACUUCACAGCCGCCCUCUGCCACUUCGCCGUCACCGUCGGCGACCCCCGCUCCUGGCAAUCCGUCCUCUGCCUCUCCGCCGUCACCGUCGGCGACCCCCGAUCCAGACCAGCCGCCGCCGCCGCCGCCGGACGCCGCGAUGCUCCCGCUCACGGCUCACGCCAUGCGGCAGCUUCGCCCGGGUACAAAGGCCGAGGGUAUGACAGACCCGCGGCUGCCAAGCCGUACGAGAUCGGGCACGAGGCACAGCACAGGACUCAUCUCGAUGCUAGACAGGAACACUCUGGUGUCGAUGCUGGAGGCUCGGAGCGCGGUGGAUAAGGAGCGCAGGGAGCUGGGGGGGGCGGAGGCCGGAGAGCCGGGGGGAACGGGGGCCGGAGAGCAGGCGGGAGCACUCGCAGCGGUGGACCCGGGGGCUGCAGGAGCGGGCUUUCCACUCGCAUUUGCCACGCUCCUCGCCAACCGGGAAGACAUCGACGCCACGCUGCGAGACCAGCGCCCGCCGGAGCAACGCCCUGACCUUCCGCAUUGCCAGGCCAGCGACCUUCGUGUCCCCAAGAGCUACAAAGAGGCCAUGGCGUCGGAGCACCGGCACCUUUGGAGCGACUCUAUGCAAAGGGAGUUUUAUGGCUUGUUGGAAGCGGGGACUUUUACUCCGGCGAAGAUGUUGGCUGCUUUGGCGUGCGAGUUGAACCUCGACUUGUGUCAUUUCGAUGUUGAGCAAGCUUUUGUGCGUUCGGAGUUGGAGGAAGACGUGUACAUGCGUUUGCCGCAGGGAUGUGGAGCUCUAUCUGGAAUGAUUGUAAAACUAGGCAAGAGUCUGUAUGGCUUGAGACAGGCAUCUAGGCAGUGGCAUGCAAUGCUGAAGAGGUGCUUGGUGGCGUUAGGAUUUGAGCAGUGCAUGGCCGAUGCUUGUGUGUUUCGUUUGAUUGAGGAUGGAUGUGUUGUUUUGAUUUUGGUAGUACAUGUAGAUGACAUUUUUGCUGUUGGAGAGAGGGAGAGAUGUGAUAAGUUUGGCGCCGACCUUAACAAGUCCGUGCCAGUGAAGAACCUGGGAGAGUUGAGAUGGUAUUCUGGGUGCUUUUACGAGAGGAAUAAGGAGACCGGUAGGUUGACGAUUUCUCAGCAGACUUUCACGGACGAGCUAGCAGCAGAAUAUGGAGUAGUGGGAGGUAGGAGCGUUCCGAUGUCUUCGGGUGUGAAGCUUUCUGAUUUUGAUGCGGAUGAGGUGGCGACAGACUUUCCGUUUCGUGAGCUGGUAGGAUCGUUGAUGUGGCUGGCAACUCAGACUAGACCAGACAUUGCGAAUGUAAGGGCAGUAGCUAGGUAUUGCGCAUCUGCGAAGCUGGUACACUGGAAUGCAGCGAUUGAUAUUUUAGGCUAUGCGAGGAGGACGAGUCACUUUGGUAUUUUGUUUCAGAGAGGUACGGCAGAGGGAUUCAGCUUGCAGGUCUUCAACUGA